AUGGCGAUUCCCUCUUCUUCUCCAUCACAAUCUGUGAAAUCAACACUAAUAUGUCCUUGGUCUUUUCUGGAUCUUUCUUAUGAUACAAGUAAUGUUGUCUCAACACAAGACAAUAUUAUAAACCCUAAUGACAAUAUUGUAAAUCCUAAUGUCAAUGUUUCUGCUUCUGAGAAUGUUAAGCGUAAAUCUUAUGCUAUUAUGGUUUCGUCUUUUAAAUCGUUAGAUUUUGAUUCAUCCAAGCUGGCCAAACCUUGCUUCAAUGGAUCUCAUAUUUCAAUUCGUAUAUCUGAGGAUGAAUAUCAACUGGGGGUGCAAGAUUAUAAAAACUGUUUAAUUGGUAAAGGUUUCUUCUACUUCAAGUUUUCUUGUGAGGAAGAUGUCACCUAUGUUCGUUCUGCAGGACCAUGUAAUAUCAAGCCUGGAAUUUUUCAUUUUCGUCAUGAGGAAAGCUCCUGUAAGAAGAAGAAACAAAAAGAAACGAAUGUUAAUGAGCCGAGCAAGGAUGCUGAUAAUUAUAAGAAAUCUCAUUCAGCAACUACAGGUGAUACUAAUGGUGUCAUUCCAUCUAGUACUCCCUCGGUAGUACCGGAGAUAACUGCUAGCAUUGUUGAAGUUGCACAGUCUAAUGGUAAUGAGUAUAUCCCAGCCUCUUUUAAUAAUAUUGAUAAAUUUGUUGCAAAGGUGGGUGUUAUUAAUGGAACAGUUGAAGUUACUAUGCCAUGUAAUACUGAGACUCACUUAGGAAUGAAUGUGUUAAAUGUAUCUGGUGUUGAUACUUCACCAAAUAAUGAUGUUGAAAACUCUGAAAUUCUCCUAUCUCACCAACAAGAAGAUAAUGCAGAUGAUGCUAUUAGCGCUGAUACUCUUGAAGAUGAGAAUGCUUGCGCUUUUGAAGCAGUUCUUACGAAAUCUCAGAAAAAACAGGCUAGUGAAAAAGCUAAGAAAGCUUUAGAGACAGUUAAUGAUAGAGGGGCUCAACAGUCGAAUUUACGGCGUCUAUGUGCUAGUCAUAUUAAUGUUUCGGUGGUGUCCAAUUCCAUGCAGAUGAUUUCUUGUGAAGCACGCUUGGGUGACAUGAAAUAUUACAUUGUUGGUGUUUAUGCGUCCACUUCUUAUCUCACUCGUAGAGAUUUGUGGUUGAGCCUGACGGAUAUGAUAGCUAACCUUCCUGGUCCUUGGUGCAUCAUUGGUGAUUUUAAUGCAGUUCUAAGUGCUCAUGAAAAAUGCAGUGGUCCUCCUCCUACUAAAGCCUCUUGUGAUGAUUUCUUGGCCUUUUCGGAGACGAAUGAUCUUCAUCACCUAGAUACUAGAGGUGCUUCCUACACCUGGACUAAUAGUCGUAAAGGCAGACAUCAUACCGAGCUUCGACUAGAUAAAGUUAUUUGUAGUGAACAAUGGCUUUUAUCCUGGGAUUCUUCGUUGUGCAUUACUCUUGCUCGUAAAAUUGCUGAUGAGGGUUACUCAGAUGAGCUGCACUUUGUAGAAGUUGAAGCUUCAAAUAAACUUGUUGAUUCUCUUAAAACUCAGAAAGACUUUUGGAGAGAUAAAUCUAGGCUCAACUGGGUGAAGGACGGUGAUGCUUGCACUAAAAUUUUCAGCACUUAUGCGAAAAUUAGAGCUGCUACUAAUAAACUUACUCAUCUUAAGGAUGAUGGGGAUAUGUAUGUUGGUAACACUGUGAGCCCCUCUACUGAUUUUAUUUCCAUAAAUAUUCAAAGUACGCUGCCUCAAGCUGAGAAUAAUUUUCUCACUGCCAUGCCUGAUGUGGUUGAAAUUAAAGAUGUUGUGGAUGACAUGAAUGCUAAUGGAGCUCCUGGACCGGAUUGUUUUAGUGGUAUCUUUUUCACUUCUUUCUGGGAUAUAGUGGGUACUGAUGUGAUGAAUUCAGUACAAUUUUUAUUUCAAAAUGGUUGGCUCAUUCCUAAUGCGAACCCUAGUCAUCAAAGAGCUUUUCUUAAGGACAUAAGUAUUUUCGACUGUAUUGGCAUUACUUCUGAGGCUAUCAAUAUGCUUGACUACAAGACUUUUGGAGGAAACCUUGCUCUCAAAUUUGAUAUUCGUAAAGCUUUUGAUACUCUUAAUUGGGAGUUUCUUCUUCAAUCGCUGGUGGGAUAUGGAUUCUGUGAGAAAUUUGUAGGGUGGAUUCAUACUAUCCUUCAUUCAGCUAAGCUAUCUAUUGUGGUAAAUGACAAGGCUAUGGGUUACUUUGGGUGCACUAGAGGAGUCCGUCAGGGCGACCCUUUAUCUCCUAUUCUUUUUUGUUUGGCUGAAGAUGUCUUAAGUUGUGCAAUUGCUAAUGCUUUUACGCAAGGUCUAGUACAUCACAUCUCCUCUCCAAGAGGUACGAAUGCUCCUUCUCAUGUUCUUUAUGCAGAUGACAUCAUGGUUUUUUGCAAAGGUACUAAGCGAGAUGUGCAAGCUCUGAUGAACAUUUUUGAAGAAUACGGUCAGAAUUCUCGUCAGUUUAUUAGUGCAUCUAAAUGCACGAUCUAUUCAAGUAAGCACAUUUAUAAUAGAUUCUCUAAUAUUGUUGCUUCUUAUAAUAUCACGAUGGGUACUCUCCCUUUUCGUUAUCUUGGAGUUCCAAUUUUUCAAGGUAGACUUAUCAUUUUAAUGAGAUUAUGGACAAAAUUAAGAUCAAAUUUGCGGCUUGGAAGGUGGAUUCGUAAUUUUGUGUGGUCUGGUUAUAUUAACACGACUCAUCACAAUGUUGUGGCUUGGGACAUAGUAUGUCUACCUGAAGAGGAAGGUGGUAUUGGCAUUAAAUCUAUGAGACGUAUGAAUGACGAUGCUAUUAUGAAAAUGACAUGGAAGUCGAUGACUGAAAAUUCAGAUUUUGGUAGCUUUAUCAAAGCUCGUUUUAGAGGCGUUGCUUAUAAAAAAUCUUCUGUCUGGCAUGGGUUUAAAGAACAAUGGAGUAUCAUUAAAGAGAAUUUGAUCUGA